AUGGAAGGAGUUCUCGUCCCUGCUCCCAUUCCUCCUCCAGCUCUAGACGAUGUCAAAGCUUCACUUAAGAUGGGGCAACCAGUGACCGUUGUCUCUGAUUCAGCUCCAUCAGCAUCCGAAAGUGGUGCAGGGCAGGACGCAGCUACAGAAGCUGUUGCGAUUGUUGUUGAUGGAGAGCAGCCUUCGAGUCCCAAUGGAACCACUGUUCAACCCGAAUCGGACCCCAGCCCCUCCCUUGAAAAGCCGGAACCCGAAAAGUCUUCAGCAGACAAUUCCACAAAAGAUGAUAAUCAAACUGCCACGGUAGCCCCCAAGGACACCAAGGACGAGCGGAUGGUAGACGAUGAUGCGAGGAGUGAGGAUGAUGCGAACAGUGAGAUGUCCUCCAUCCCGGAACGAAAACCAAGGAUUCCAGCAAUUCCAGAGAUCAGAAAAGUUAACUUUGAAAACUUCAAGAACCAUUACUGCGAGAAGGAUAGUCACUACGCAAUAGAUGUUCUAUUUGCCAAGACUGACCUCAACCAUGAUAUUCGACGAGAGCAACUCACGCGGGGAAAUCACCGAGAGCGCCCAAAAGCCAAAAAAGAUGAUGUUCCGCAGACUGAACCAAGUGUGACACAUGAUGACGGUUGGAUCCAGCGUGUCCGUAUUCAAUCCCAGCCUAUUCUUCUCCAUCUCGCCAAGGUCGUAGGAGAGUCAUGGACGGUGGAACAGCCGCGUACCUUUUUCAGGCCUUUCAGGGUCUUCAUCUACUUCCAGCCGAAGAUGAAAGAAGCAUUGAGCGAGCUGGAAGCUAAAUGGGGUGAGGCUGAGAAACUUGAGCUCGCAGCCUCCGCCAAAGAAGCAGCGGCUAUUAAUACUCCGUCUGCUGAAGGAAAUGAGGCCGAAGCCUCCUCUGACAGCAAGGUAGCCGAAAGCAAAGUUGAGGAUGGCGUUGGUGCUGAGGAUACUGAUCAUUACGAUGAUGAAUCUCUCGACUCUAUAAUGGAUAGCAUAGAGGCGUUGAGAGAUAUGCGGUGCUACAUCAACUUCAUUGACAAGGAAAUUAUGCCUCUCUAUCAAUUGUUUGACGGCACCACUCGUCAAACCAUCCGGUUCGAUGACUUGUGGCUACUUUUUAGGACAGGGGAGAUAAUCUUCGCGCCUCCUGGCGCUGAGAAUUCACAUGUAGGGACGACCAAAAAAUCACAACAAAGAUAUGCCGUCAAUUCACAGCGAGGUAUGUAUCAAACGGUAUGGAGGGUAUAUACGGUCAAUAACCCAGACGAUCGCCAUGAAUAUCCUUCUCUUGAGAUAAAAUCCAAGCCUCUUGCAGGUGACUACGACAAUGGUAUCAAUGACAGUAUUAAUGAUUUUAAAGUGUGGGUCUACUACAUUGAUUUCGAUGGGGUCUCAUACGGUGCUGUUAAAAAAACGUUUGGCAUCCGCCGCUAUGAAGGUGAAAAGGAUAUCAGGCUGCUAGAUUGCUACCCUAUUAGAUACGAGCAAAAUCACGAACAAAUUCUUGUGGACCUUAGAAAGCAUGGGAAGCUUUUCCAAGAAUGCCUCGAUAAAAGGCACCUCGCCUACAAUGGAUGGACGCUCACCUCCAAUCCUACCGGGGAGUCUAUCGAGGACGACAGUGGCGAUUUGAUAAAGCACCCCGAGUUCGUCGAAAGUCACGUCAUCGUCGACUUCGUCGAAGCAUUUCAAACGUACCCAUCAUGGAGGCCUCAGUUCCACCAACCGGCAGCCUAUACCGAUGAUUGGCCAACUGACCAUGACGAAUUUGCUAUCAAGUUAUGGGCUGAUUCUAGUAGGAGCAAGCUAGUAUCAGAGACUAUUGAAAUCAUCCAAGAGAAUGAUGGAGUUACCAUGUGGGACAGAAAAUAUUAUCUUGACAAGGAUGAGUUUCUUAACCAGUGCAAGACACAAUCAUCAAGCGGACGAGAGAAGGCAGCCGUGGAACUCCGCGACGAUGACCUUAUCCUCCUCCCUAGCCGGCUCUUUGCCUAUGUUCUCCGCGAACGAAAAUUUGUUCUACUAGAUGUUCGGUAUUUGAGACCAAUUUCAGAACAACGGGAUGUUUUCAGCAGACUCAAGAUUCUCAGAGAAUACAAAGAUAUCGUGAAAGCGCUAGUGGGGUCGCACUUUGUGAAGAAGGACCUCGAAAGGCGAUAUAAUAGCAUCUCUACGGAGGGGUUGAGUCAGGAUCUCAUUCAGGGGAAGGGCAGAGGGCUAGUUAUCCUCCUGCAUGGAGUACCUGGCGUGGGGAAGACAGCCACGGCGGAAGCAGUAGCUCUGGAAAACCAGAAACCACUUUUCUCUAUUACUUGUGGUGACCUUGGGCUCACACCGUCGGAAGUCGAAUCCUCACUAACCGAAGUGUUUCGUUUGGCCCAUCUUUGGGACUGUGUACUAUUGCUCGACGAGGCCGAUGUCUUUCUCUCCCAACGGUCGAGACUCGACUUGAAGCGGAAUGCCUUGGUCUCAGUAUUUUUACGUGUGCUUGAAUACUAUAACGGAAUUUUAUUUUUAACGACAAAUCGAGUCGGAACACUCGAUGAAGCGUUCAAGUCCCGAAUUCACAUGAGUCUGUAUUACCCCCCACUUGAAAAAGUACAGGCGAAACAGAUUUUCAAGAUGAAUAUCGAGAGGCUCAAAGAAAUUGAAAAUCAACGGAGCAUGCUCAUCGGCGAGGCUCCACUUCUAAUCCAGGAGGACAAGAUCUUGGAAUUUGCCGAGUCACACUUUGAUAACACCAAGUCCGCCGGGAGGUGGAAUGGCAGGCAGAUACGAAACGCCUUUCAGAUUGCGUCAUCUCUUGCGUAUCAUAAAAAUAGAAUGGACAACGCCGAGCUACUUAAAAACAACCCUGAGUCAAAGCCCAAUGCGCCGGUUUUGGAUGCCGACAAUUUCAAGAAAGUCGAACUGGCAACUAGAGCGUUUGACAGAUACAUGGAGGAAGCGAAGGGUUGGGCCGAUGCGGAUUUUGCACAUAUGCUUGGAGAGCGUGCUGAUUACGUGAAGAACACGAAGUUCUCUGCCCCCCGAAACCCCCCGAAUGAUAACCCAGAUUUCUAUGGAGGUAUACCGGGAAGUUAUAGCCAAGGAGCAGGUGUACAUGGUGUACCUGACUAUAAUCAAAUGGGCGGACACGGGUAUUCUCAGCCCCAAGACGGUUCUGCACGGUUCGUACCUGGCCCACAAGUAGGGCACAAUCAGGGCAGCCCCUACCAACCAGCUCCUUUCCCUCAGAAUCCAGGCCUGUCGCAACGGUCCUCGUCAAGGCUUGACCAGCCGCCCGCCUUCCCACUGUCCCAGCAAACCCCACCCAGAGGGACAGCGGCCCCAUCGGCCCAAGGCCCCUUUGACUAUAGCGAGCAAAAUUACAGCCAAGGUGACCCUCGCGGCCAGUUUGGACAACCUCAAACUCAGAGUCCAGGCUACACUCAUAAUCCCCAGAGGGCUUAUCGGCCUGCUGUAGAUGAUGCCGAUCAAUACGACUGA